GACGACGCGUGCAUUGUCCUUCACCUACGCGCAUGCACAGCAGGCCCGGCUUUAAAGAUGCUGCGAGCUGAGCACGUCGCCUCUCUGCACCCUGCCCCGCCCUGAAGAUGAACCUGUCUUUGGUCGAUCCCUUUGUCCUCGCACAGGACUGCCCCGAUGUCAUAACCGGCCGCCUGCGCAGCGGUCACUCCACCUCCAUCCGCUUCAGCCACCGCGGCGAUCUACUAGCAUCUGGACGACACGACGGCAUCGUGGUCAUCUUCGACAUCGAGACCAAUGGCGUCGCCCGCAAACUGCGCGGUCACACGCGCCAGGUGCAGUCGCUGAGCUGGUCCACCAACGACCGCUACCUCCUCAGCGCUGGACAGGACUGGAAGUGCGUCCUCUGGGACCUGCAAGAUGGCUCCAGAGUGCGCACCAUUCGCUUCGAGGCCGCCAUCUUCAUCGCCGAACUCCACCCGCACAACCACAUGCGCUUUGUCGCCGCCCUCUUCGAAGACCAGCCUGUCAUUGUGGAUAUGACCGAGCAAGUGCCAGUGAAGCACCAGAUCCCCUCAGCGCCACGCCGCUCCCAGGUCGAGCGUGAAAACGCAACAGAAAAGCAGAAUGCCCAAGACGCUAAACAAACAACAACCAUGACGCUGUUCACGCCCUCUGGCAAGCACGUCAUUGCCGGCACAAACAAGGGGUGGAUGAAUAUUAUCGACACAGACACUCACCAAGUCAAGUACUCGUACAGAGUCACCAACAACAUCAUUGUGUACAUUCGUUUGACUCCCUCCGGGCGCGACAUUGUGGUCAACGCCAGCGACAGGAUAGUGCGCACGCUGCAUCUACCCGAUUUCAGCGACACCAAACUCGAUUUCGACUCAUUGCAGCUCGAGGUGGAGCACAGAUUCCAAGAUCUGGUGCAGAGGCUGUCAUGGAAUCACGUAUCCUUUAGUCCGAGCGGCGAAUACGUAACGGCAUCCACAUGGAUGAACCAUCACAUAUAUGUUUGGGAACGAGGGCAAGGCAGUCUGGUCAAGAUCUUGGAAGGCACAAAGGAAGAGCUGUCGGUCGUAGAAUGGCAUCCCUCGCGACCAUUUGUUGCCGCAGUGGGUGUUGACUCUGGACGAGUCUGGCUUUGGUCCAUUCUGCAACCGCAGCGGUGGUCAGCCCUUGCGCCUGAUUUCGUGGAGGUCGAAGAGAACGUCGAGUACAUCGAGCGAGAGGACGAGUUCGAUAUACAGCCGCUCGAAGAACUGCACAAGCGCCGUCUCGACCAGGAAGAUGAGGAGGUCGACGUCCUGACAAUCGAAGUCAAGGGUUCAGCAGCUGAGUCUGAGGCGGCGAAUAGAGAGUCAGGAUUCCUGAUGCCUGUGAUCUUGGAUAUUGAGAACAGUGAUAGCGAAGACGAGGUGGUCGCAGUCGGUGCUGGUCAGUUCAGACGCCGCAGCCCUGGUGCUGGCCGGGAGUGGAUGAACGACGACGAAGUCGCUAUUAGUGGAGACGAACGUCGAGCUAACGGGACAGCAGUGCAAAACGGUUCAAAGAGACGGCGAGGCUGAACACCGAGCGCAGAGUCGGGCAUACAGGAAACUUAAAGAAAGGAGCAGGGAACGCGCAUGGCAUAGCCAGCUUUGGAGCUUUAGUCAUCGCAAGCAAAGCACUCACAACCAAUGAUACCCAAAUACAAACCAAAAGCAAAAACACCACGA